AUGGAAAUUGAUCAAGACAAACAUGUGGAUCACAUUCCCGGACUUUCUUCAGCACAAGUAGCCGACCUUCAAACAAUCUUCCAUGAGAACGACCUCCGAGUACUGCAGCUUGCAAUGGAAUGCAUUGCAACAGUGUCAAAUUCACAGCACCUUCUGUUCACUUCUUCCUACGAGCUUGAACCCCAAGCCAUUGACUCCUUAAAUGCAAUUUUCCCUUUUCCUGUUUACCCUAUUGGCCCUGCCAUACCUUUCUUGGAGCUUGAAGAUAAUUCCUCUGCAAGAAGCCACGACAACCCCAGCUACCUCCAAUGGCUAGAUUCCCAGCCUGCAGGUUCUGUCUUGUACAUCUCAUUGGGAAGUUUCCUUUCAGUCUCAGGCGCCCAAAUGGAUGAAAUUGCAGCUGGGCUGCGUGAUAGCGGUGUUCGUUUCUUGUGGGUGGCUCGUGGAGAAUCUUCUUCUCAGUUGAAAGAGAGAUGUGGUGGCAUGGGGAUAGUUCUGCCAUGGUGUGAGCAAUUGAGGGUGUUGUGCCAUUCCUCCAUAGGAGGUUUCUGGUCGCAUUGUGGGUGGAAUUCCACUCUGGAAGCUGCUUUCGCCGGCGUUCCUUUGCUCACCUUCCCUUUGUUCCUUGACCAAGUUGCGAAUAGCAGGCUAAUUGUAGAAGAGUGGAGGAUUGGGUGGAGGAUAAAGAGAUCAGAGGCAGGAAAUCAUGAUGACAUUUUGAUGACCAAAGAAGAAAUAUCAGAGCUUGUGCGGAGGUUUAUGAAUCUUGAAAAUGGAGAAGUGAAAGAAUUGAGGGAAAGAGCAAGAGGACUCAAAGAUUCUUGUCACCAAGCUAUUGCAGAAGGUGGAUCAUCACACACAAACCUUGAUGCAUUUAUAAGGGGCAUUUCACAAAGCCAUGGCUAGUGAUCAGCAUACAUAUAUGCAGUUUGUUUCUGCCUCAAGAAAGGCCUCUUUUUUUCCCCUUUAGGGGUAAAUAUAAUUUUGGAACAAUAUAUUCACAAUAUGCGAAGUAGGUUA